AGAGUGAGAGCAGGCAUUCCUACAAGAGGGUCUCAGUGCGAUGUGAGAACAAGUACAAGGGGGCGCAACUUCAGGGAAGCAGGACAGAAAGAGACUUCAUUUCACUGUAACUGGAAGUUAAUUUACUGCUUUCUGAAACUUCUGUUCAAACAUGUACUGGAGGAAAACUUUGAAUCCAGGAUCAAGCUGCACAAAAGAAUUGGACGAUUAAAAGCAGAUUGAGGUUGAGAUUUGGCUUCAGUUGCUGCUGCUUGUUUCUCUUACUUUUGUUUUGAUCAGGAUUGUUUUGAGCAUUGAACAUGAUCAUGGCUGACCUAAAGUGGGCUGUGAGGACUCUACUUGGACUGAGCUGUAUGCUAGCUGCUCAGGGACAGGGGGAACCCCCAGACAGUAACCCCUGGAGGCAGAUGAUCCAGUGGGAGAACAAUGGCCGGGUUUAUAGCCUGCUGAACAGUGGAUCAGAGUACCUCCCAGCCGGUCAUGAUCGCAGCCACAGGAACACUCAAGUGUUGGUCGGAGAUGCAUCCCACAGUUCACGGAGGACCCAGGGAAACACACGGAGGCAGGCUCCAUCAACACCUUCCCGAGGGACAUCCGAGACCAUCAGGGGACAGACAAGACACCCUUUCGGAUUUGGACAAGUGCCAGAAAACUGGAGGCAGGGGGGAGAUGCCAGCAGUCGAUUUCGACCUUCCUCCACCAGGUUAAGGCAAACUGGGUCUUCGUCUUCUUCAUCUUCUUCAUUUUCACAAUCAUCUUUCAAUGUGCCUGCUUACCCACAGUACCCCUUCCCUCAGCAGCCUUCCUACCCUGUUCCCUAUGACCCUGUGGAAUUACCAUCACAGGGUCGUGGCUAUGAAGACCAGUAUUACAGAGGAACUGGGUAUGCUGGGGGUGGUAGUUAUGCUGGAGCAGGACAACAGUUACAGCCUAGACCCCGUUACGAAGAUUAUGGUGAGGAAACCUACAGACAUCAACCUCAAGGACACAAUCCAUCACUAGGGAGGCCCUAUGUGCCCAAUGCUGCUCCUCAGCAGCCACCUCAACCUCCAUUCUCAGACGGCCUAGACCGCCGCUACACUCACAGUCUCUACCAUGAAGGGGCUGCAGACCCAUCAUCUCAGGGCACCUGGAACUCUGCUUCAACUCCAGACAGGGUCAUCCCCCCUGUCCGGAGCCCACAGUAUGAACAGUACCCCCCCUUCCAGAGAAUGGACCCACUGCCACCCGCAGGAACAGAGGAACAGCCUGCCCCACUGCCCAGAGUCAGUGUGGGGAGUGUCUACAGGCCAGUCCAGAGAGGAUUGCCAGACCUGGUCCCUGACCCCAACUACGUCCAGGCCUCCACCUACAUCCAGAGGGCCCACCUCUACUCCCUGCGCUGUGCUGCUGAGGAAAAGUGUCUCGCCAGCUCUGCUUAUGGUGCUGACGCCACCGACUAUGACAUUAGAGUACUUCUGAGAUUCCCCCAAAGGGUUAAGAACCAGGGCACAGCGGACUUCAUGCCCAACAGACCACGUCACACCUGGGAGUGGCACAGUUGUCACCAACACUACCACAGCAUGGAUGAGUUCAGUCACUAUGACCUGCUGGAUGCAGCAACGGGGAGGAAGGUUGCUGAGGGACACAAAGCCAGCUUCUGCCUGGAGGACACAACAUGUGAUUUCGGUCACCUAAAGCGUUACGCGUGCACAUCGCACACCCAGGGUCUAAGUCCUGGUUGCUAUGAUACUUAUAACGCAGACAUCGAUUGCCAGUGGAUUGACAUCACAGAUGUACUUCCAGGAAACUACAUCCUCAAGUUACAAGUAAACCCCAAAUACACGGUGCUGGAGUCCGAUUUCACAAACAAUGUGGUGAGGUGCAAUAUUCAUUACACUGGGCGUGUAGUUACAACUACAAACUGCAAAAUUGCCCAGUCCUGAUAUAUUUCCUAAGCUCUUGAAAGGCUGGUUUCCAUGGAAAUGUAGUUCAUGAAUGGAACCCACGAGUCUAUUUACGAACCCAGAGCAACCCGGGGCCCAGGACAGCAUUAACAAAGCUGCUGACAUCAACCAGCACUCAAACACUGGGCCUACAAAGAACACUACAACAGCUUUCUAUUUUCUCUUGUAUUACUAUUAUUUUAUUAGAAGAGGAGUUCAUUGGGGUUACUCAAUACAUUUAUUAACAAAAACCCCUUGCUAAGAUCUCUAAAGACUUCCAGAACAACCAUCCUGUCUCGCGGAUUGCAUCCAGAUAACCUAUCUUUCUUGAACGAAGAGGCAAAGGCACUGAUUUGUCCUUUAAAAGUGUUUUGCUUAAUAUAAAAGUGGUCUUCCGCAUAAGGUAUACUCCUAAAUAUUGAUAUUAACGUGCGUCAUGAAAUGUGCUUCUUAACUGCAUGUGUCUAGUAUGAAUAUCCCACCCAGUAAGCAGUCUGACCCACCAAGGAGCAGUUUAGUGCUGGACUGGAUGAUCCAGAACUACAUAUCACACAUGUGGAUGGUCUUACAGUAUUCCAUUCAAUUCUUCAAAUUUUCAUUGCUUUGUUGUUUAGCGGUGUUAAGUUAAUACCAUACCUUUGGGGCUACUGUGAUAUAAACCUAAAAAAAGUCACUGUUAAUCAAGUUAAUUAAUUAUCAAAACAUUAUUAUAGUUUAAAUAAAAUAUAAAUAGUUAAUAAUAAAGUAAGGACCCAAUCAUAAUGAAACUGGAAGGGUGUUUGUCUAAUAAUUGCCAAAUGAUUUUGAUAGACGAUCUUUUAAUAGCUGUUGGGUGCUUUAGAGAAUGCUCUCUUAUAGAAAUAUGUGAUUGUUCUGUUCACACAUUAGCAAAUGAAUCCAGCAAGUCGCUAGAGUAUAAGAGUAACAACACAUAAACAAACAAACACACACACACAAUAAGAGCAAGAAAACAUUUUUAAAAUAAUUCCGUUUUUUGCACUGGCACCGUGUUUGUGUUACAUCAGUAAACAUUUCCCUUUCCUUUUCUCUCCACUGUGAGAGGCAGCUGUUUAGUUUGGCAGGAUGUUAGUGCUCCUUCACAUUUCUCAUUGUCUAAAUACGCUUGUCCUUCCUUAAGACCCCAUUCCACCCAAUCACUUUUGACAGACUCCAAAGACAGAACAUUUCUAAUGCUAUAUCUUGAGAUGUUACUGGCAGAUCUACAGUGGGGUGGAUUGUAAUCACUGAGCACUAUAGACAGAUACAAGCAGGAACAGCUGUUUUUUAUAUUUGUCUUAGAUCCUCUGUAUGUGUAUAUAAUCAUUACAUUUUUUAAUCAAAUGAGAUGCAUAUUAGGGAAUCAUUUAUGGCUGUAAACUAAAUACAGAUGGUUUCAUUAUGCAAUUGCCUGUUUCCACUUCUCUCAGGCUGUUUAUAAUGAAAUCCCUGUUUGCAGGCCUGAAGGAUAAAGUUAUAAAGGUAUGAGCAAAUAUACAUACACUCCCAUCCCUAAUGCUGAUUUGGAGCCAGCUCAAUCUGGGAGUGAUGCCAAGCAUUUUAUUCAUGUUUCCAAUUACACAGUAAUUACAGGAUAAAGAGUCAUUAGAAGCAUCUAUAUGAAUGAGAAUCAUAUUUAUUUUGUAGUUACAGCCUUUGUGAUACAGAGGACUUACUAAUUAAGGAUUCUCAAUAAUUCUGUGCAUGUCUGUCUAAUCCCCUGUUAGUGGAGUUCCUCAGAAUAUCUCUUUGGAGGAGCACACGAUCCUUGCAGCUGGAUACAGUGUGCAUCCACAAACGCUGACCAGAUACUAAUUUGUUUGAUCUAUGGGGAGGCUAAUGUCUGAUAAAGUAAUGCUAUCCCCCCACCCCUUCAACAAAGAUAGUAAUGUUUUUCCUCCAGCAUAGCGCAACAAAGAAGUUGCCCAUAGGGAAGCUGUAUAAAGAACUUAUAAAGCCACAUCCCUGUGCUGCUCUUCUGGCUCUAGCUCCUCUGUAGCUGAUUAAACAAUGCUGACUUUCUGUUAGAGCUGCAAUGGCGUUGGGUUCAUUUUAUAAAUCUUGAUCUGCUACAGACGACUGGGUAGAGGGUAAUUAUUUACAAAUAAACAUGGGGUUAGCACAUCUUAUUUUUCAUUAUAAAAUUCGAUAUUUGGUACAAAAUUGGGUUUAAAAGAAAGUUCCCAGUUUCGGUGCCUUGCUUGCAGGAAAGCUGUUACUCUUUCCAAGUAAUUUCACCUCAGCAGUGCUUUUCAGUCAAAGCAUGUUACUGGCCGAAAGCAUGUCAGUCACCAGGGACAGUAGCUGGUUGGAUGACAGGAAAGAAGCUGUUGAAGGUUGGAGACAAUUUCACAGCAUGGUUUGCAAACAGAGAUUCCUUAAUUGAGAUCUAUAUAACUAAUGAAAUCCAUAAAAGGUAUGAUUUAUGGAAUUAUGUUGUGAGCUUUAAUCACUUUCAGUUUGGUGGGUCAGUGGUUUGGGGUCUUAUCCAUAAAUAUCAAGUGCAGCAUAUGCUGUAUCAUUAGUUACCUUGCUGUACAGUUACUUUUUUUAAAAAAUGGGUCCUUGUCAGGGAUGGUUUGUCCCUUGUGCCUAGCAAUUAAAUCUUGGGCUUCUUUUUGGGUGCUACUGAGUCCAGGAGUAUUACUUUCACCUUUACAGUACUGUUUUGCCUUUUCUUACAUGGAAAAGUGCUUGAAAUUGAACUACUGACGGUGGAAGCAACUCCUCACAGACUUAUUGAGAAAAGGAGAAUACAAGUGUGGAGGUGGUCUACGGCAUUAAUGAAGUAUUAUCAUGAGCCCUGAACUCAGGGAAUCAUUGUGUUGUACUGUAGCUGGAACCCUACUGUGAGGUUUCUGCUUUGAUUAAUGUGGGAUCUUACUGCAGGUGAUAGCUAUGGUGGCUGGGAAGUGCAAAGAGGUAUCGAAUCUACACAGAGAAGUAGAUAUAAGUCCCCUGGUUGCACUUCUCGGACCCUGUAAAUAGCCACCGUAGAUAGCAGACUUUGAAAAAUAUUUUUUUGAACUUUGUAUAAGCUCUAUAUGAAUAAAAUAAGUGCAUAAAUACAUUUAC